UGACUUCCAGCACAUUCACAGCUCCACUGAACUUGGCUCAUGCUGCCGAUUCUCUGACAGAAGAAAAGAAGACACACACGCACGCACACCUCCGUGGGAGCGCUCAGAUAAAGACGUGCCUUCAGUCUUGGAGUGGCACUGUCAUACACUGAUAUACAAAUACGCAUUUAGACAAAUACACAGGCACAGUCAGGGAGCCAACACACGCUACACACAUUUCCACAAACUGACACACUCCUCAAAUACACACACACACACACACACGGGAGCAAACAGUCUCUCUUUCUUUCUUGCUCGCUCAGCUGCUCUCCCUCCCAUCCACACACGCGCACGCACACACACACACACACACACAAACACACACACACACACACACACACACAAACACACACACACACAUACACACACACCACUACAGUAUAUCAGCGAGUGACUAGCGGAGAGCCAGAGGGGAGUGCAGAAAUGAAUGUGAAGAUCCUGACGCUGGUGAUUGUGCUCUUGGUGUCUCUGCUGUGUUCUGCCAGUGCUGGUCCCAUGGCCUCCACGGAGCAUGGCAAAGAAGUGGAAGAGGCAACUACGGUGAGAAAAAUGGUCCAGCAAAACCCUACAAGGGGCGGUCAGACCCACAGACCAGCCGGCUGGAAGAGGAGACGCCCACGGCCCCGUCUUUCCCACAAGGGGCCCAUGCCGUUCUAGAGCAAGGCACUGCUUUGAGCGCCCUCCCCCAGGUUCUGAUUCCUAUGCUCUUCCUUUGCCUUGGGGGGCCUUGCAACGAAGGGCCUACGCUUGCCCAGCCUGAAGAGUGAUGUCCAUAGCACCUGCUGGUUCUUCAAGCAACUCUGUCCACAAAAAAUCAGGACAAGCCGCUCACCCUCAGCUCUAGGAGGAACUGGGGGCAGUGAAGGGGGGUGGGGGGUAUUGAGCCUGAGCUAUAAGACUCUAUUUCUCUGUCUCUUUGUUUCUCUCACUCCCUCACUACUUAUCUAUCUCUGUCUUCUCCCAAGUGUUUUUUUUUAUAAGUUUCCUAUCAUUUGCAUAAUAGAGCCCAAUCAUAGCAAUCUCCCUGAGAGUCUCACACACUUUGCAUGACAUGUGGUGGGUGGAGAGGGAGCCUGGUCAAAACAAUCUGAGUCUUAAAGCA